GCGAAGUCAGUGAGGGAACCGGCCGUGCGCGGCUAUGUGCGCACGUUAAAUUUUGGACUCCAAAUUCUGUCAUAGAACCAGACUGGUUAUUGAUUUACUUUUUUUUGGAUCGCUUGAAUCAUUGAUGCAUCUGAUUUUUUUCUCGAUUCAAUAACCGUUGGAUUCCUUCAAAAAAAGGUGAAUCGAUUCGUUUCGAUUCAGAAUUAAAAAACAAAAAAGGGAACGUUUUAGGUAAGUUUGAUUCAGCCAAACAGUUAUGGAAUGAUUCUUUUUUCGAUUCGAAUAAAAAAUCUCAAACCAAUGUUUUGGCGAUUAUUUUUACAUAAUGAAUUUUUACAUCUGAACAGCGCCAUUGUUGCAUUUCAUGUGCAUUGUUGAUAAUGAACUAUGCUCACUUAAUUUUUAUUUUAUUUUUUAGUUCAUGAAUCGUUAAUUUUUUCAAUCCAAUCAACCCUAAAUGCGUGCUAUUCUACCAUGGCUUGGCUUGUGAAUCGAACAGUCCUGAACUUUUCGAUUCGACAAAUUUUGUUUGAUUCAAUCAAAUCGAUUCAAUCACGGGUGAAUCGAACGAAUCGAACACCAGUCUGCAUAGAACCGGAAUUGCGCGAUCGGAGGGCAGAGCACAGGGUCACCACAAAAAGCUUCGCUUAGCGUGGGCUCUGUCCCUCAUGUGAAUAAUUCAAUUCAAAGGGUUCGGACUAAAUUUAUCAAAAAGAAAUGCCUAUCCUCAAUCUGAAAGAAACCAUCAGUAGGGAGGCAAACAGCCCACUUUUUGACGCUAGGAGAAGGAGCCUAAUCUAAAAGCUCCCAGCUCGUGGCCUGGUUAGCAUGGUUACCGAGCUUACACGGCCGAGUGGCGCAGUACUCAUCAGCCGUCUCCGUUGCGUAUAUUGCUGAUCUCUAUAAUAUGACUGGUAGUAGGAUAACAUUAUACAACCAUCGUUUGGUCUUACGAUGGGCAACGAAACAGUGACCUGCUGGCUGCUCCCAUCACCCACCUGCACCGUGCAACCAAAUGAGCUGCAAGGUUAGCUGGAACUGAAUAUCGACCUUGAACUGCCCCUGUUGGCAUGUGCUACGUGACUAUAUAAACAGACCCCGCGUAGAGCGGUCCGCUGCGCCCGAGCCUCAGCCGACGCGGGCGAGUAGUGGUGGAGACGCGUGCUGUGCAGUGCUGAAAACAUUGCCGCCUGCAGUGGUAUAUAGCUCGGUCACAGCCAGCGACCCCGUGAUGGCGCCCAUCGUGGAGACAUUUGUGGACGGCUUCCACGACACGGUAGCUGUCGAAAUGAUGAAUUACAACAGGCUCGGGAACACUGAGUUGCUUGUCUCGGAGCUGAGUCUCGGCGGCGGAGGUUUCGGAGGGCUGUAUGGCGAGUAUGACCGUGACGGGGCCAUUCAGGCCAUCGACCUGGCGCUCCGGUCCGGGGUGAACCUGAUCGACACCUCGCCCUGGUACGGCCAGGGCCACAGCGAGCAGCUCAUUGGUGAGGCGGUGCGAAACAUACCCCGCCAGGCCUUUAACAUGGCCGACAAGGUAGGCCGUUACGAGCUGGAGCCGGCGCGGAUGUUCGACUUUCGUCCAGAGCGGGUCCGCCUCAGCGUGGAGCACAGUCUGCAGCUGCUGGGUCUCUCCAGGAUCGACCUGCUGCAGGUGCAUGACCUGGAGUUCUGCGCUGACCUGGAGACGAUCGUCAGCGAGACGCUGCCGGCACUGGACGAGCUGCGCCAGCAGGGCCUGGUGCGCUACGUCGGCAUCACAGGUUAUCCCGUGAGCACGCUCAAAGAAGUGGUCAAGCGAAGUAAGGUGAAAAUCGACUCAGUUUUAUCGUACAGCCGAAACAAUCUCCAUGACAACACACUGGAAUCGUUUAUACCAUUUUUCCGUGAACGGAAUAUCGGCGUCAUAGACGCCGGAGCCACCUCGAUGGGUCUCCUAUCACCCGUGGACCCCCCGGACUGGCACCCGGCCUCCGAUAAGCUCAAACAGGCCUGUCGCGAGAUGAAACAGCUCUGCAAGUCGCGCGGCUUUGACCUGACCCGCCUGGCGCUGCACUACUUCCUGACCCGGCCCGGUGUGACGUCACACCUGAUGGGUGUGACGUCACCGGAGCAGGUGCGUCAGGACCUGGAGAUGAGCCGAGAGCCAAUCAGCGCCGAGGAGACGGUCAUGCUGCGGGAAGUGCUGGACAGGUUCGCCAGUUUGCCUGCCGAAAUUCGUCACUGGGAGGCGACCAGCACCGACAAUUACUGGGAAGCGAUUAACAAGGCCAAGGGUAACGACAAGCUCAGUGUAUAGGCAACGAUAUUUUGAAUGAAUUACAUUGUUAUU